AUGGACCACCACGCAAAUCCAAACGACUUGUCCGAAAGCCUUCCAGGUGAAGGAGGACCCAGUGGCCUUAACGCUGUUCAAGAUAUAGCCCCCGUAGAGGGGACGAUACAAGGAGAAGAGCAGGUCCUGCAGAGCCCCGCUGAGCGGGCCGCAGAGGCCGCCAUCCCUGAAGCCAACCAAUCCGACGAAGGCGUCGAAGGAAUGCAGAUUGACGAAGCCGUGGAGGAUGUAGAAAUGACCGAGGGGGCUGCCGAAGAUACGGCUGAAGAUAUCCCUGAAGCCCUGGACUACAGCGACCUCUUCAGACCAGUCAUCAGCAUCCUCAGGUCCUUCCCCGUCCCCAACUUUGAAGAAUUUAGAAUAAUCGUCGCCAUCCUCGGGCAGCUCCAAGCUCAGCAACAGCAAGUCCUCCGGGACUUUCUUGUCGAGUUGCGAGCCACUCUCUGCAACCCGUUCGACAUUCACUCUCCAUUCCGUAUCCCCCAGUUAUGUCGCCAAUUGGCUCUCAUCCCCUCGGACCAUCCCGUGGUUGAUAUCCUAAACUUCUUCCCGUCUUGGGUGCAGUCCUUCAUGUGGGAGUACAUGCGAGUCGUUGAUAAUUUCGUCCGGCGAGCUGCUGCUAGACGCCAUCGGCUGCGUAUAUCGUACUCACUGAGUCGCCCUGACCAUCCACUCACGCGUACUCUUUUGACCUCUUCUGACCUCCCCAACGGGCCCGCCCGUUGUGGACUCUGUUUAAAAAAUAACCCUGCAGACCCUCAGCUCGUCGUCCUGCCAUGCGAUCAGCCUCAUCACUUCCACCGGAGCUGUCUUUCGCGUUGGGUUUACAACAUGGCCAGAUGCCCUCUGUGCAGGACUCCGAUCAGAUGA